CGAUCAGCCGUUAUUCAAGUAGAAUAUCUUCUGUGGUCGAAAUUCCUUUCCCGUUGUCAUUCAGGUACUAUUCGAACCAUCUGAACCUUGAACGGCAGUCGGGCGCAGGUCGUGAUUGACCUGCCUGCCUCAACUGUCAACAUUGAACCUCCCGUCGAACAACCACUCCUCUCGCUUGUGCCUAGAACCUAAACAUCGAUCAAGCGAACCUCCUCAGCGUCUUUUCCAAAUUAUGAACGACGCAAUAGGUAGCUCUUUCUCUGAAAGCCCAAGCAUUACAGAUUCAGCAGCUUGUCACCAAAGUCUCGACCCAAUCGACCUCCUCAACAGAUUCCGGGACACUGAGCUCACUCGCAAUAUCUCGACAGGUGAUGGACUCAUUACUAUCGGACAUACCCUUGUUAAAACCGCAGAUAACGCAGUCGCCGCUAAAUUCGAAAAUGAGAAAUUGCAAAUAGGAAAGGAGGGUGCCAGAUACCUAUCUUCUGUUAUGAAAGAAGUAUCCCAGGUUCGAAUCUGGAAUGACCUCACAGAAGAAGAAUGGAAAUCGAAUAGGCCCCUAUACUCACAUAAAUCAGGCAUGAAAUUAGAAUUAUCUAUUUUGGCUGCAGAGCAACGAGAUGCAAUGGUAGCCAUUUGUCAAAAAGAGGAUCCAUUAGUUGUUUUGAAUGAAACGAUCCCGAUGUUAAUAAAGCACGAGAGAUGCACUGUUGAUGAGGGCCUAGAGUUUCCAGAGCAUUUUUUGGAACUCCCAGAUAUACUAGAGCAUGAUUUGAGAUCCGAGAAGCUGGAAGCUUCUAGAGAUACCGCUCAAUUUUUGACAUCUGUUCUAGGGUAUCUUGAUGACAACGAUGGUGAGAAGGGAGGCGGCAGCUUCUAUUAUAAUGAUCGUCACCGGGAAGUCUCUCCGCUCUAUAUCGAACCUGCAGCACAAUAUACUCCCGCCUCUAAGUCAUGGCCGCAUAAAGAGAGUCCCAAUUUCUUGAGCUGGGACGAAGGGAUUGAAAAUACACCUAAAGCUCAAAGUGAUCCCCACGAGACACGAAGACACGACGAAAGCAAAUACUUCAUGUCACAAAUACCGUCAAUCCCUGAGAGAGAAAUCGAAAUAUCUGAAGGUUCUGACCAUCAGCCAACUGCAAGCCCCCUAAAAGAGACCAUACCUAUUGUUGAAGCCAAUGGAAAGAGAAAGCUUCCGGAUGAGACUUGUCAAACUGAUAAGGAUGCUAUACAGGACAGUGUUGGUGGUGAUGCUAACCCAACAGGGUCGAAAACUACGCGACCGUUCGGGUUUAGAGAUAAACAAUUACAGAAUAUCAUCACACCAAGCAUGUUGCCUUCAUCACUAGGAACCCUAUCAUCCUUUAUGCAAACCAGAGGCCAGAAUAAGAAGCGUCAAAGGCCUAGCAAUGAAAGUCCGUAUUUCAACAAUCCUCCAAUGUCUAAUAACGUAUCUGUCCAGGAAAGCGGAGAAGUGGCCAAAACUGAAGAAAUCACUCCUGAAUCGCCUUUCCCUCAACAUGCUUCUCAAAAUGAUCUCUCCAAACCGUGUUUCCGAUUUCCCCUGAAGGAGUCGGUAAAACCAUUACUCCUUAUUCUAUCUACAACGCUUCUACAAGCCAACCGUUCCCUCGUACAUUCUCUUGAAAAUGUGUCUACGACUCAAAAUCUACGAUUGAUAUUCCGCGACUACACGUCUCGGCUGCAGACCAAGUCUACGGUGCCUGACACUCCAGGUAUAGUUGAAGAAGCAGAUAUUAUCUGUUCUCCUUCAACCGGCAUAUUACUAACAACAUCUCAAGAAACAACUCAAAAAUACCUACCUGGUCAUGGCUCUCCUACCUUCGACAGUCGGCUAAAAGAGAGAAUAGCGCUAGUGGCAUAUCGAUAUGAGAGAUUAUACGUACUUGUCCAGGUCCCGGUUAGCGUUAAUGCUAUAACAAUGUCGUCAAUAAGAGAACUUGGCACAUUCUGCGUUUCAUUGGGUCGGUCGUGCACCGUGCACACAUUGCUCGUACCGCCAGACCACAUCCUCGAAUGGAUCCUAGCUAUAGCCACAAAAUAUACUAUUGUCCUUCCUGAUAUGCUUGAUGAGAAAGAGACCCAAGAAAGCGAAACUUUAUGGUCGUCAUAUCUCGACGAUCAAACCCAAUGGGAGCUCUUCCUUCGUCAUACCGGACUCAAUCCAUUCGCUGCGCAGAGUGUCCUUGACAUUCUCCGAAACCAUCAACCGCAAUCUUACGCCACUGAUAACGGGGAUAGAGCGUCCGAUCUGUCCAGUUUUAUUGAGAUGUCACCGAUAACGAGAAGGAAGAUGUUCCAGGAGACUGUCGGCGAGAGGGUGUUGCAACGAGUAGAGAGGGGUAUUGAGACAGACUGGCAGGUCGAGUGGGCGGUUGAUCUGAACUGA